AUGGAAGCACUCGAAGCGGAAGCUAAAGAAAAAGGAACAAAAUAUGUUAUGGGUAUAUUACAAAGACCUGGUCAACUUGAAAAAUUAGAUCAGUAUAAGUUACGAGUCAUUCGUAAGAAAGCAUCAGUUGAAACACAAUUGAAAACGGCAAUGCAAAGUCAACUCGAUGGAGUUAGAGAAGGUUUAAAACUUCUUGAAGUCGCUCAAAAUGAUGUCAAAGAAAUCAAAUCGAAUAUGAUUUGGGUGAAAAAAUCAAUACAAAACAUUCCGGACUUGCUUAAAAAAUUACAAGCUGUGAAGGAAGAAAACAUGCGUCAUUCUCAGUAUGAAACAGCCAAACAUAACCUCAAACACAUAUUCAACGUACCUGAUAUUGUGAAGAAAACAAAAAAUUGGAUUAUAGAAGGAAAAUUACUGUUUGCUAAACAAAGUCUGGCAGAAUUGGAAAAUUCAAGGGAUGAUCUUUUAUUCGAGCUUCAUAAACUUCCGCAUACAUCUCAGGCUGAUCGAAUAAUGUUGGAAAUGUAUUUUGAAGAAAUCGGACAACUCUCGGACAUGAUUAAAAAACAAGUUUGCCUCAUUUUAAGUAGAACUUUGAAUACAGUAAGAAAAGACCCGACCAUAAUAGUCACGGCUUUGAGAAUAAUCGAAGCAGAAGAAAAAGCGGAUGCCUUUCACGAAAUGAGAAGAAAGCAAACAAAUUUUUGCUCUGCGGGUAGACCGAAAAAGUGGAAAGCCAUGGCAUUAUCCGUUUUGGAAGAAGCCGUUUCCCAAAGAAUCGAGGGCACGCAAACAGACGAACGUGAAAAUCAUAAAAUGUGGUUGGUUCGUCAUUUGGAAUUGACAAGACUGUUGAUAUUGGAAGAUUUAAGAGUGGUCAAAACUCUUUGCAUACUAUGCUUUCCUCGUUCUUGGAACAUUGUCGACACCUACGUAAGAAUGUAUCACAGGUGUCUGUCGAAUCAUUUUAAAGAAAUCAUUCAGAAGGGUUUGAUAGGAAACGAAAACGUUUCACUUUUGUCGUGGUGUCUCAACACUUAUCCAGGUCCCGAAUUAAUGUCUCAUCCUGAAUUGAAAAUCGAUAUCAAUCAGUACGAGCCACUCUUACCCGAGAGCCUGAUUGACGAUCUUCAGCAACGUUAUUUAUCCGACGUCGAAGCUAAUUACGUGGAAUGGAUGAAGAAAACAUUGGAAAAAGAAGAAGAAGAUUGGAUGAAAGCGAUGCCGCUCGAGGAUGCCGGAUACUACCAAUCCUCAGCUCCGGAUAUCGUUUUCCAAAUAGUCAAUCAAAAUUUGGAAGUUGCCAGAACGAUAAAUCAAAAACUAAUCGAUAAAGUUUUGCUGUUGAGCAUGGAGCAAACGAUCAAUUUUGCGAAGCUUUACGGCGAAGCCAUAUUGCAAUUGAAAAAUAAACAUUUCGUCGACAGGAGUCAAAAUCCUUACUACACGCAACACAUGAUAAGCAUCGUGAAUAAUUGCAUGCAAUUUCGAGAAUUUGCCGGACGAUGGAAGUCGGACAUUCGAACGAAGGAAACGGUUAAAGUUUACGAGAAAUUAAUGCAGUCCUACCUGGAAGUGAGAAACGAAUCCGUCAAAUAUUUACUCACGGAAGCUUUCAGAGACCUUUAUUUACAUUUCAACGAUUUGUUCACGCCGAAAUGGUUGACUUCAUCGGCUCCCGUCGACACGAUUUGCCUCACGUUCGAAGAUUAUUUUCAAGACUACGUUCACUUGACGACGGAAAAUUUCGAAUACGUCAUAUCGUUCGCUCAAACGCACGUCGCGAAAUGUUUCAUAUACAAAAUAAUGCAGGGAAAAAUAAGUUUUGGAAAUUACGAAGAGCGGAAAGAAGCGACGAACAAAAUCAAAACGGAAAUACUUCAGAUAAAAAGUUUCUUUCACAGGAUCGCGCCGAACGUGAAAAUCGAUCAGAAUUUCGAUUUGAUCGAUCCGCUCGUUGAAAUAAUUCGAGUUCAAGAUCCGGAAAUGUUAUUGUUGGACUUGCACGAACUCGUGGCGAGAUUUUCCGACAUAACGGAAACUCAACUCGAAUGUUUGCUCAUGAUACGGGGAGAUUUGAAAAGAUCCGAAGUGAGAGAUAAAGUUUCCUACAUAUUGAGUUCGAGAACGAAUCAACCCAAAGACACGCUAAUAAAAAAAAGCAUUUUUUCAUUUAUCGGACGAGGAAAUGUUAGCAUGGAUUGGGAUGCAUACUGGUCGGAAUAUUUAAACUGA